GAGCCCGCCGGCGAGAGUGGGUUUCCCUUCCGGAGUAUCCGUUGCCCCCCCGCCCGCCGGGUUCGCUUCCGGCUCCGUCCGGGGGGCCCGUUCCUGGUGCCGCUGCCGAGGGGAGAGCGGGGCCAAUGGAGCCGCGGCUGUGAGGCGCCCCCGGCCCGGGCCCGCUGCGGGAGCCGGGCGGAGGCCGGAGCCGGGAGCCGCCGGAGCCGGAGGAGAUGGACAAACUGACCAUCAUCUCAGGAUGCCUCUUUCUGGCUGCCGACAUCUUCGCCAUCGCCAGCCUGGCGAACCCGGACUGGAUCAACACCGGCGAGUCUGCGGGUGCUCUCACAGUUGGCCUUGUGCGACAGUGUCAAACCAUCCAUGGACGUGACAGGACCUGUAUUCCUCCACGGCUGCCUCCUGAGUGGGUCACUACGUUAUUUUUCAUCAUUAUGGGAAUCAUUUCACUAACUGUCACAUGUGGUUUGCUGGUGGCUUCCCACUGGCGAAGAGAAGCUACUAAAUAUGCCCGCUGGAUAGCUUUCACUGGAAUGAUUCUAUUCUGUAUGGCAGCCCUAAUAUUUCCAAUAGGAUUUUACAUCAAUGAAGUUGGAGGUCAACCAUAUAAAUUACCCAAUAACACAGUGGUUGGGUCUUCGUAUGUACUGUUUGUCUUAUCCAUUUUCUUUACAAUAGUGGGACUUCUAUUUGCUGGCAAAGUUUGUUUACCUGGCUGAUGAAUGUCUGAACUGCAGGACUUGAUUUUUGGAAAGACAUCAGAAUUGCAUUCUCAGGAGGAUGUAUAGAUCAGACUAUGAAACACAAACUGAAAAGAGGAAUGCUUUGACUUGUUCUCACUAUGCACUUUGGAUGAAAAAAAGGAGAGCCUUUCCUAUAACCAAAUACAGACAACGCUGACUGAUCUCCUGAGCAUAUUUAAUGCAGUCAGGUCUGCACUGUGAUAGGAACUAGUGAAGAAUGCUUUACACUGAGAAGCGUAACGCCCCGUGUUACUGUACUGUUCCUGUUUUUAACGUCUAAUGAUUUGGAAGUCAUAAAGUCAUUAUGAACUUUGUGGUAGACCAGAGGGUUGCAGAGGAAAUAAGUGAGGCUGGCCUCACUGUUUAAGAGAUUAGUAUUUUACAUCUUCCUUCUGAUGAGGAAAGCCUUUGGCACCAAUGUGGAUCAAUCUUGCAUUACUGCACCAAGAAGCCAAUAGAUCAGAACAUUCUCUAAAUGUAUGUAGAAGCAAGAAGACAUACAUCCCCCUCCUCCCCAAGAAGCUCUAGAGAAACUCUGAGGAACAUUUUAGAGGGGGAUUUCUUCCUUAUAUUUAUAUAAAUAUAUAUAUAUAUAUAUAAAUAUAUAUAUAUUUUGCUGAUGCAGUAUACAGUGUGUGUAUGUGUGUGUGUGUGUGCGCGUGUGUGUGUAUACACAUAUAUGUAUAUAUAUGUAUAUACACACAAAUGGUUCCUGGAAAAGAACUCAGAACGCUUUGCUAGCAAAACACUGUGGUGUGCAAAACUAGAACUCAAUAGAAAAAAGCCAUUUCUCUGAAGGCCACAUAGCUGAGAGUCUUCAGUUUACCUCAUUCUUUGUAGCAGCCCUUGAUUUUAACAGUUUUUGUAAUAGGUACAAACAAUCCCAUGCCUUUCUAGGUGCAAUUUUAAGUUAAGCUAAGAUUCUUUUUAUGGUAAUUUAUUUGUAUAUGAGGGUAGAAGGUGAGAUCAUGUCAUACCUUAAAGUUAAAAUCCUAAUUUUUGGAAACUGACACUAUUUAAAUUAUUAGCAACUGUUGUACAGAAAGUCUCUUUUUCUACUGCAUCGUUACGUUAGCAUUCAUACAUGUUCAAGCACAGCGUUUUACCAUAGGUAAGCAUUUCUCUAGCACAUGUAAAAUGCAAUGUUUAAAGUAAUGCAAACACCAUUCCACUGCAAAAAUGGGUGAACUUACUUUCCUUUGAGUAUUAAUGCAUCUUUACAAAGCAAAAAGCAAUAUAAUUGUUUAAAUCAUAUAUGCCUUGUUUACUAAAGUUGUUAUUUUAAAUGUGGAUUUAAGGGCCACCCAAAUUUGGAGUACAUAGUCUUCAUUAAAGACUAUGUGGUUUUAUUUUUCAACACAAGGAUAAACCUUUGAAUCCACAGACAUCCUAAUUCCCUACUCAAUGUAACCUCACAGAAAGUAUAAUUUAGUGUCCCAGAAAAGCUGCCUGCACUAUCAGUAUUUAUUUUCCAGUUAAUACAUGGUUUGCCUGAGAUUCAUGAUGAAAACAAAAUAAUUGCGUCUCAAGUGCUGUUUCAUUGAGCUUACUAGAAAAAUUGCAUUGCCAGACAUACUACAGUGUUACUGAAAGGAUUUUAGAAUGAGGUGGUUGUUAAAAUAUAUUCAGCAGUUUCCAAAAUAGUCACCUAUCACACAAGCUUAAGUGUUUGAAAAUAAGACAGUUUGCCCAGUUCUUUUAAACUGAGUGCCAUUCAGACCCUGGUGGGUCCCUCUUCCCCUUCCAAGUUGUUUUAAUACAAAAAAGUUGUUUGCUGAAUUACAUAUGUUUUCUUUUGACAUUUUUGAACAGACCUGUCACUGCAGUGUCUAUAAGUGAUGUUUUUUUCCAGUCAGCUCACUCACAGGUAGAAGGGAGUGUUUAUGGAUCACUAGAUUUUUCUAAAGUAUACUAAUCUGUAAAUACAGCCAGGCACCUGUUUGGAAAUAAUGGUUUAAAUAUGAUUUGGUUCCUACUUUAAGCCUUUAUCUGCAUGGGUAGUCUAAGGUCCCCAGUGAUGUUGGUGGCGAUAAAAUGCAGUGUUCUGGUGCUGGAUGCGUGUCUAGAUUUUUGGUAUUAUCACUGCUGUAUCCUAAGAUAAAGUAUUCACUAAAACUUAGAUCAUAAAUUAUGUUGGGGGGGGAAG